CAGCAUGGAGGGGGAGCCCUCCCAGCCUCCCAAUGACAGCUGGCCCCCAAGUCAGAAUGGGAGUAGCUCUGAGGCCGCCCUGGCUGUGAACCUCACCUUCUCUUCCUACUACCAGCACUCCUCCCCGGUGGCCGCCCUGAUCAUUGUGGCCUACGUGCUCAUCUUCCUCCUCUGCAUGGUGGGCAACACCCUGGUCUGCUUCAUCGUGCUCAAGAACCGGCACAUGCGCACCGUCACCAACAUGUUCAUUCUCAACCUGGCUGUCAGUGACCUGCUGGUGGGCAUCUUCUGCAUGCCCACCACCGUCGUGGACAAUCUCAUCACCGGGUGGCCCUUCGACAAUGCCACAUGCAAGAUGAGCGGCCUGGUGCAAGGCAUGUCUGUGUCAGCUUCCAUUUUCACACUGGUGGCCAUCGCUGUGGAAAGGUUCCGCUGCAUCGUGCACCCUUUCCGCGAGAAGCCGACCCUGCGGAAGGCGCUGGUCACCAUCGCGGGGAUGUGGGCGCUGGCGCUGCUCAUCAUGUGCCCCUCGGCCGUCACGCUGACCGUCACGCGCGAGGAGCACCACUUCAUGCUGGACGCCCGCAACCGCUCCUACCCGCUCUACUCGUGCUGGGAGGCCUGGCCCGAGCAGGGCAUGCGCAAGGCCUACACCACCGUGCUCUUCUCGCACAUCUACCUGGCGCCGCUCGCGCUCAUCGUGGGCCUGUACGCGCGCAUCGCCCGCAAGCUCUGCCGGGCUCCGGGCCCGGCCCGCGGCGGCGAGGAGGCGGCGGAGGGCGGGCGCGCGGCGCGGCGCAGGGCGCGGGUGGUGCACAUGCUGGUCGUGGUGGCGCUCUUCUUCGCGCUGUCCUGGCUGCCGCUCUGGGCGCUGCUGCUGCUCCUCGACUACGGGCAGCUCAGCGCGCCGCAGCUGCGCCAGGUCACCGCCUACGCCUUCCCCGUCGCCCACUGGCUUGCCUUCUUCCACAGCAGCGCCAACCCCAUCAUCUACGCCUACUUCAACGAGAACUUCCGCCGCGGCUUCCAGGCCGCCUUCCGCGCCCAGCUCUGCCCGCUGCCCUGCGGCAGCCACCGGGAGGCCUACUCGCAGCGGCCCGGCGGGCUCGUGCGCCGGCGGGUCUUCGUGGAGGUGCGGCCCAGCGACUCGGGCCUGCCCUCCGAGUCGGGCCCCAGCAGUGGCGCGCCCAGGCCUGGUGGCUUCCCGCGGCGGAGUGGGCGGGUGGCCCACCAUGACGCGCCGGGGGAGGGUCCCGGCUGCUCCCAUCUGCCCCUCACCAUACCAGCCUGGGAUGUCUGA